AUUAAUUCACUUUUGAAGUGGAUGAUCGGUAGUUUGAAUUUACUUCGGAAAAAAUGUUAUCAACAAAAAUUUUCUUUCUUCUAAUGGCUGUGGUUGCCAUGAUGGUGAUUAGUGCACCCACUGCCGAGGGAACUUUCCUUUUGGCUUGCCUCCUUAGAUCACCGUUUUGUCCAUGGUACACACCAGCACCAACACCGGCUCCAAACCAGGGAGGACAAAACAAUGGAGGACAAAACAAUGGUGGACAAAACAAUGAAGGACAAAACAAUGGAGGACAAAACAAUGGAGGACAGAACAAUGAAGAUGGCCAAGAAAAUGAAGAUGGCAAAUAAGUAAUCACGUUGAAUUCUAAAAAUUGUAUAAAAACUAGCUGAACCGGGCCCGCUCUACUCCGCUGCGCCUUCUUUUACUUCAUAUAGAACAAAAUUAUCAUUUAAAUAUUUAUUUUCGGCCAUUAAAGAAUUUUUAGUGAAUACCAUCCUA